AUGAAGAAGAAGAAGUUCAAGUUCCGGGUGGAGCUGGAGCUGGCGGAGCUCUCCUCCGUGCCCUUCGUCAACGGCGUGCUCUUCUGCAAGAUGCGCCUGCUGGACGGCGGCAGCUUCGCCGCCGAGUCCCCCCGGGAGGUAGUGCAAGCAAACUGUGUCCACUGGAGAAAGAAGUUCUCAUUUAUGUGCAAAAUGAGUGCAAGUGCGGCCACGGGCAUCCUGGAUCCCUGUAUCUACAGAGUAUCUGUACGGAAGGAAUUAAAAGGUGGAAAAGCUUAUGCAAAGCUGGGCUUUGCAGAUCUAAACCUGGCAGAGUUUGCUGGAUCAGGAAAUACCACUCGUCACUGUUUACUAGAAGGCUAUGAUACCAAAAAUACAAGACAGGACAAUUCCAUUCUUAAAGUACUGAUCAGUAUGCAGCUAAUGUCUGGCGACCCAUGUUUUAAAACGCCUCCUUCUACAUCAAUGUCUAUACCAAUUGCUGGUGAAUCUGAGUCUCUGGAAGAAGACAGAAAAGGCGGAGAGACUCUCAAAGUCCACCUUGGAAUAGCAGAUCUUUCAGCGAACAGUGCCUCUGCUUCUGAUGAACUUGGUGCCUGUGGACAUUCCAGAACGCCCAGCUAUGCCAGCCAGCAGUCCAAAGCAUCAGGGUACAGCUCAUGUCAUUCACGCUCGUCGAGCUUCUCCGAGCUCUGUCACCGGAGGAACACCUCGGUGGGAAGCACCUCAACGGGAAUCGAAAGCAUUCUCGAGCCGGGUGAUGAAGCUGAGCAAAAGCCAACGGAGCCAAAUCCUGAUAUGGCUGAUAAAGAAGACGCAGCCGCUGAAAAGCUGAACAGGUGUCCCGUGAAACAGGACUCGGUAGAAUCUCAGCUGAAGCGCGUGGACGACACCAGGGUGGAUGCAGAUGACAUUGUAGAGAAAAUCCUGCAGAGCCAGGACUUCAGCCUGGACUCGAGUGCAGAAGAAGAAGGACUGAGGUUAUUUGUGGGGCCUGGUGGAAGUACAACUUUUGGCAGCCAUCAUCUUCCCAAUAGGGUUGGAUCUGGAGCUUAUGAACAGGUUGUGAUCAAACGCUAGAAGUCAAGCCAGUCAGCCAACACUUCUCUGUGGACUCAGGGGUGAGCGAUCUGGGAGCAAAGCACUUACAAGAAAAUGAGCCUAUUUAGAAAAUGAAGUUCAUCUAUCAAGAGGAAAGCCAGUGCUGAUCCUGUCUCCUGUGAGCCUGUCACCAUCCUUCCCACCAGCGAGGGGAGCACGGGAAUGUUGAUCCAAGGCAGCGUCCCCUGUGCCUUAGACACUGCUCCUGGGGUGAUGAAACCCCGUGCUUUGCUUUCGAGGCUCUGCCUUGCCCCCAUGAGGAAGCCAGUAUUGGAUACUUAACUGAGAUCUAAGUACUCCAGGUACUCAAUAGAUUGGGGCUGUAGUUCCUAUUUCGCUUAUUCUUAAUUUUACAUGUAACAGUAUGUGAAUGGAAUUUAAGACCUAUAACUUCUAUCAAGAUAGACAUAAUUCCUGUGAUGCAAAUCUUUCAUGUUAUAAUACCUACAGUGUUGUAUUGAGUUUGUUGACUCCUUUUUGAUGUGGCAAUUGAUUUCCAAUGUGACUGUUCUCACAUUGGGAAAAUGAUCUAGAAUGUAAACACGUAAGAUGCUUAAUAAGAAUUCUCCACGCUAUCAGCCAUGACAAGUGUGUUGGGGCUGAGGUAGUCAGUGUACCCAGUGCUGUUUCUAUGCAGUGUCUGUGUUACUUGUCCCCAUUAGAUGCGCUGUGGAACCCAGACCAGCACUACCUGAGAGGCCUGAAUUAAGCUCAAUAUGCAAUAUGCUAGGCUAUCAUCAAGCAGCCUCACUCGGAGCUGUUUAACUUGCUGAGUAUUAAGACCUGCUUGUUCAACAAUCUAAAUUUAGAAUGAGAGGAAAGUAAUGAUCUGGUGAGAAGUAGCAUCCUUGUCUAUACAAGUUCAGACUGGUCUGAAACUGCAUCUUCUCCAGGCCCCGCAGUGGCUAGACGACAGGAGAGCAGCCCGCCGGCAUGGCUGGUGCAUACCCGUAUGCUGGGUUUCCUCUCUAGCUCCCUGCCGUCACUUGCUGUGCUUUCUUCUUUUCUGUGUCAGGAGUUGUUUUGAGGCAGGACUGUGGACUGUGGACGGUGAUAUGGUUGGUCUGGAUCCAGGUUAGCAGGACAGCAGAUGAGCCCUCGGAGUUGCUGGUCUGUGAGUGUCCCAUAGAGAACCAUCGCAGUUCUCUAGGAAUCACUCCGCCACUGAAGAAAAACAUCGAUUCUGUGGGGCGAGUUACACCCCAGUCCUUCCGUUCACAGUCACGCUCAGGAGAGAAGCCAGGUCAGAAGAAAGUGACUUUGGCCUAUGUACUUUUAUGUUCACAAAACAAGAAGGAAAAUAGAUUAUUGUAAUAUCCAAGUUUCGAGGUUUGGAAA